CAGCCUCUCUUGGCCUUUCCCCAGGACACGGCUGGGCAGGAGCGAUACCGGACCAUCACCACCGCCUACUACCGGGGAGCCAUGGGCUUCAUCCUGAUGUACGAUAUCACCAACGAGGAGUCCUUCAACGCCGUCCAGGACUGGUCGACCCAGAUCAAGACCUACUCGUGGGACAACGCCCAGGUCCUGCUGGUGGGGAACAAGUGCGACAUGGAGGACGAGCGGGUCGUCUCGUCGGAGCGGGGCCGCCAGCUGGCCGAGCACCUGGGGUUCGAGUUCUUCGAGGCCAGCGCCAAAGACAACAUCAACGUCAAGCAGACCUUCGAGCGCCUGGUGGACAUUAUCUGUGAAAAGAUGUCUGAGUCGCUGGACACGGCCGACCCCACUGUCACCGGGGCCAAGCAGGGUCCGCAGCUGACCGACCAGCAAGCCCCCCCGCACCAGGACUGUGCCUGUUGAAGAGACUCCCAGGCGGAGCCCCCCUCACCCCGCCCCCCUCUCCUGCUG